CCCAUUGGCCGCUCUCUCCCACGUGACCAAAACAGAAACAUGGCGGCCGCAGCGGCUGUCCGGUCGCGCGUGGGUCUGACUUUGAGGCUUUCUCGAGCUUUACCGGACUGUAGCACGUGUCCCUUCUACAGGUUGAAGGGCUGCGCGAGCGGUGCGGGUAGUCUCGAGAGGAGGGGCUCGUUCGACAGCUUCCGGACCAUAAACCGACACCUGCAGACCAGCAUAGGUCUUUACCACAACGAGGAGGGCAGGUCCAAUGCUGAGGACCCCGAGGAUGUGGUGAACGUGGUGUAUAUAGAUCGGUCAGGCCAGAGGAUUCCAAUUAAGGCCAAAGUGGGAGAUAAUGUCAUGUAUCUGGCUCAGAGGCAUGGAAUUGAACUGGAAGGAGCGUGUGAGGCAUCACUGGCCUGCUCAACGUGUCACGUCUAUGUGAGUUCUUCCCAUUUCGACAAACUGGCAGAGCCCGAAGAGAGUGAGGAUGACAUGCUGGACAUGGCGCCCAUGCUUCAGGAGAACUCCCGGCUGGGAUGUCAGAUCAUUCUCACCCCAGAGCUUGAAGGCAUUGAGCUCACCUUGCCCAAAGUCACCAGGAACUUCUACGUGGACGGCCAUGUGCCCAAACCUCACUGAGAAGAGGGGCGCUUGCCGAAAGUUGGAGAAAAGUGACGGAGGUGACGCCGCAAGCUUGACGGCGUGGGUGCUGGUUGAGCGAUGGGACGACCGCGGAGGGAUGCACGGCUAGGAUAGUAGAGUCCUUAGCAACUCCCAAGACUUAUCCCCGACUGACAAUUUCCAAAGUAAACCAAUGACAGGACAGGCCUGCAGAUGACAUCAGGCAGAGCCAAACACUAUUUAAGCCUCACUUAAGGUGAAAUUAAUGGUUACUUCCAAAAACAAACACACACACUGUGAUGGUUUAACAGACGAUGUAUUUAUUUAUGUGGACUGUUCUCAGGCCAGCAUCAAGAGGCCAUUCAAUCUCACAAACUGUUCUUUGCUAAAACACCAGACAAUUUAAGAUACAUCUCAUGUUUUUUGUCAUACAUUACAGAUUUAAGUUUCAACAAAGUUCAUCUUUGUGUUGUUCAAUGGAACAUUCCUUGUUACAGCUCGUAUACGCACAAGUAUUACAAGAUUAUGUUCUCAGUCAUUUCUUUCACUCUGAUUCACUAGAUAUUGUAUGCAUAGCAUUUACUUAAUUUUUUUGGUGCAAGGUUCAUGUGGAGUUCUUGUGAUGGUUUAUCAAUAUGUACCCACUGACUAAACUUCAGAGUCAUAGACCUCUAAAAUGUUUUCUUCUGCAUGGUACUGAAGCCAGACACAGAAGAAGACAUUUAUCAUAAUGUGUGUUUCAAAGACAACCAUGCUUGAAGCUGAAAGGGUGGGCUCUCAACAAAGUAAGGCAGAAUUUAGAUUUAGUCACUAUGAACAUUGCAAAACAUAUUUAGGCAAAAUUUAGUUUCAAGUGCCGGAUGGAAAAUGCAUUUUAAAGCCCUUCCUCUCAGCUUCAGGUGUUCUUUGAUUCACAGCAGAAUGGAGCUUGAGACAAGUGUGUUUUGGAGCUGGUGAGCUUAAGGUUACCUUGGAAUGAGUUUUACCACAUCUACCAUUUACUUGUUAAAAGUCUACUGUACUUGUCCUUACGCACAAAUGUAAGUCAACUGUGUAUAUCAUGUAUUAGACAUUACAAAUAUUUAAAGUUGUGCAAUAAAACGUUUUUA